CGUGAGAAUUUCGCGCCCUCGCCGUCGAAGAUGUCGCGGAAGGACGCGACGGACGAGUGCCCGAUCGUGCCGGAGCUGGCGAGGCAUUUUCGGGCGAAGAACAAGAGCGGCAUCGUCACCUGCCUCGCCCAGUUGAAGAGCGACCCGAAGCACCGCAAGGAAUUCGCCCAGCGGAGCAGCGGCCUCGACAUCCUCGUCCAGCUUCUGCGCUGCAAGAGCGACACGAUCAUGAACAUGAGUCUGAGCGUCCUCGCGGACGCCUGCAUGGCUUACGACGUCAGGGAAAAGGUAAAAGACACCAAGAUUGGAAUCAAUGUAGUGCUCAUAAUAAAAAAUCUCCAAUUGGAUACUAAACUGCACUGCCGUGCUUGCAGACUUAUCAGUAACUUGUCUGAAUCUAGCUGGCAUGUCAAAGAGUUAUGCGAUGCUGGAGUGGUAAAAGCACUUGUACCACUUCUAAUAUUAAAGACCAGUACACAAACUUAUUGCAUGGCCAUCAGAGCUAUGAGGAAUAUUUGGAGUUUUUAUGUACACAUUAGGGAAACAAUGGUGGAGUUGCAGAUUAUUAAGAUGAUUACUCAAUUAUUCGUCAUGGCUGAAGAAAAGUCUUAUGAAGACGCUAAGCAUGCUGAACUAGUAGAUGCAUGCUUAAAAGCUAUGUGUGCGUUUCUCGUCACUUUAGAUCCGCGCUGCGGCGCGCAAAUGCAAGUAGAUAAGGACAAGCAAGGUUACAAGUGUCUCAUGCGAUGCUGCAAUAAGAGCAACAAUAAAAUGGCCAUGAAAUGCCUCUAUAUUCUCUGUCAAAUAGCUGAGUGUCGAUUGCAGUUAGGCAUUUCUGGCACAAUUGAGGAGGUCAUAGCUUGGGUCAAUUCGGUGGAGAACAGCUCUACGGAACAAAUGUACGAAGAGAUAUUGAUUAGCUUGUGCCUGUUUUGUCGAGAAUCGGUAAAUCGGAACAGAAUCAAGAACAGUGAUGGAUUGCAACUGAUUAUAGUGCUGCUGAACAAUUCGAAACACGAACGUUAUCAUUCUAUGCUGUUACAAGCCCUCGUUCAGUUUGUCUACGACGAUAAUGCUCUUGACAUUUUGACCAAACACGGUAUAAUGGAUGUUCUCGUGGCGAAAUUGAAAGAUGCGAUUGCUAAGGACAUGGAGCUGGUGAAAUUGAAAGAUGACAAAAAUAACUCCAAGAAACGUUUUAGUGAUAGUCCAUCCGAAUACCUUUCGAAGCAUUUAAAGUGCAAUCGGACAUAUGCAAACAGAACGAGGUUUAGUAUGGACUUUUAUCGCGACGACUGGAGUCCAAGAAGUGUCACGAGCGCCUCCUCCUCGUCGCCACCUAGUACACCACCCUUGCCGCCUUGUUCCGAUUCCAAUGCGGAGACUGACGAUACUGAGGAUGACGACAUUUAUAGUCCGAUCUGCAGUGACACCGAAUGGGGCGACAACGACGAAGAAGACGAGGAAGUAGCUUCUUUGAAGAGCUACAAAUCGCUGACGACCGCCGAAACUGAUUUCGAUUCGCCUACAACCAGCUCCGAGACAUCCGGCAAGAUAAAUGCUUGUGAAUUCUAUACGAUACAGUUGCUGAACAAAUUGAGUUUUUUCCGCGAGCCAAUCGACGAGCUAGCCGACCCUAAGAUCAUCAUACCACUGACGACUUAUAUAAAAUAUACGAGGAAACAAAACAUCCACAAAUAUCGAUACAUCGCAAUCAAGAUAUUAAAGAGAAUCAUGAAUAACACGGCGUAUUUUCUACCGCUGCUGAAACAAGGCCUGGUAUUCGACCUGCAGACCUUACCGGAAGCGGAGGAUUGCACGCGACGUUUACGUAUGGUGGCGGAAACCGGCGGUGCCAUCGGUCAACUAUCAUUUAUAUUGCUGCGCGGCGAGGACGAGUACAAAUUGCUGACCGCGGUAUCGAUACCGCUUCUUAUCAAGACGCAUCGCCACCUCAAGUGCUUACUGGACAAGUACGGCGGAUUGGAAUUGAUAUUCCGCUUGCUCAGGGAAUCGUCACAUGAACUGCACGAGCGGGCGAUCUGGUCGAUCUGCCAGUUGGCGAGGACGUUGAAGAUCCAUUCGUCCGAUCACUCGAUCACGGUCGCUUCGAUGAAGACCAGCGAUUACUCGAGGCUAUCUCUCGACGAGACGACAAGUCACACGAAGCCGACGGUGUCGUCGACGGUGACAUUCGAGUUGGAUGACGGCACAACCGUAGAGGCGUGCAAAAGGAUGCUGUGUCGGCGCUCGGACUUCUUCUCCGUCAUGUUAGAGGGCAAUUUUAGCGAGUCGGGCAAGAGACGAGUGCGAUUGAAGAACACAUCACGCGACGGUCUGAAUACAUUAAUCCUGGCUGCGAAUGGGACUUCGUUCGAGCACGAAAACAUCGAGUCGUUGUUGGACGCGACGUUGUUGGCUGAUAAAUUCCUCAUGUCGGACCUGGCAGACGCGUUGACCGAGAGCUCCGUGGCCAAACUUAAUCACGAGAACUUGUGUCAAGCCUGGUGUUGGGGCAGAAACUACUCCUGCCACGAGUGGAGGUCCUAUUGCGUCAAGAGCUUCCUCACUGCAAAGCUGUCGUGGAGUGAGACAAUGCAGACGUUUCGCGAUUUCUACGCUACCGACGCAUUUGACGAGUUCCUGCACGAGGUCAGGGACAUAAUCGAGGAUAUGCUGCGUCAAAAUAAUCUUUGGAUUGCUGGGUUUCUUAUUGUGGUGCUCACUCAGGCUUGCUUGCUGGAAGUUGUAAACACCGACGAUGUUACAACGAAGAAAAAGAUUACCCCAUCGGAUGCAGAGGGGAAAGAAAAAAAGCGGCCCUCGGAUUUAGUAGGUUCGGAGACUUCGUAUUUCGGAACGUUUGCAGCUCAUAACAAUCUCUUCAACUCUUAUAAUCCUACCGUUUAUUUUUCGACAAAUCCGUUGUCGUUUAUUCCACCUUCGGCAAAAUUUCCAACUUCCACCUCAAACUAUCCUUUCAUUUCGACCGUCGAAAACACGAGCGAUAAUAUUCAUCGGCAAAUUAAGUGCGGUGACACUUUUUUCCGAUCCUGUCAACCAUCGCGAUAUCGAAGCUACGACGGUUCCUGCAAUAAUUUUCAAAAUCCCACGUGGGGUCUGGCUAAUACGAGAUACGGAAGACUUGUACGCCCACGUUAUGGAGAUGGAAUUCGAACACCACCCACUUCGGUCACCGGUGCAGAACUGCCACUAGCCCGAGCUGUCAGUUUCACGAUAUUCCCCAACGCCAAAAUCGAAGACCCUAUCUGGACCCUGGUGGCGAUGCAAUACGGACAGAUUGUGACACACGACAUGGGUUUGAUAGACGGCACAACUCAAUCAAAAUCACAUCGUACUCGAUGUUGCACGUUCAAUAGUCAGCUGGCUCCUGGCUGGACGACGUUACCCAAGUGUUACCCGAUUCUCAUACCGAACGACGACCCGGUGUACGACAGCAGGACCAUGCAGUGCAUGAACUUUGUCCGUAGUACAACCGAUCUUGAUCGUGGCUGUUCGUCUUCGUUCAAGCCAGCAGAACAGCUGAACACCGUCUCUCACUAUUUGGACCUUUCGAUCGUCUACGGAUCGAACGACCAAGUGGCAGCUAGUUUACGAGCCGGUUUCGGCGGCAGGCUAAACGUGGAAGUGAAAAAUAACAGGGAAUUUCCACCACCAGCAGCUAACAAAUCUGCCACUUGCGACACGAUAUACGAAUUCGAACCGUGUUACGCUGCCGGCGAUACGCGAGCUAAUCAGAAUCCACAGCUGACAAUUCUACAAAUUAUAUUGCUCCGAGAACACAAUCGCAUCGCCGAUUAUCUGGCGCAAUUAAAUCCUCACUGGACCGAUGAAACGAUAUUUCAAGAAACACGUCGAAUUGUGAUCGCUGAACAUCAAAACAUCGCGUAUUAUGAAUGGGUGCCGAUUUUCUUAGGUACUGCGCAAGUUUACGAGAACAAAGUCAUAUACGAUACAAAGGAUUAUGUAAAUGAUUACGAUGAAACGGUUAUUGCUAAUGUUCUGAACGAACAUGCGAAUGCAGCUAAUAGAUAUUUCCAUACGAACAUUGUUGGCAGUCUUCACUUAGUGACAGAAGGUCGACAAUAUUCUCCCUACGGUUCUCUAAGAUUGAGCGAUCAUUUCAAUAGACCUGGCAUCAUAGAGAGAGGCAACAAUUUGGACGAUUUGACGAGGGGUUUGGCCUCGCAACCACAAAGUGAUACCGAUGUAUUUUUCGACAAAGAGAUCACGCAAUUCUUCUUCCGAAGAGGAAGAGCUUUAGGAUCUGAUUUACGAGCAAUAGAUAUACAAAGGGAUCGUGAUCACGGACUCGCUUCUUACAACGAUUAUCGCGAAUAUUGCGGGUUACAACGAGCGAGAACCUUUGACGAAUUUGGCGAUCUUAUACCUGUUUCGGAUAUACAAAAACUCUCCCUGUUGUACGCUAGUCCGGAUGACGUCGACUUGUCUGUCGGCGGAGCUUUGGAAAGACACGUAAACGAAGCAUUAGUUGGUCCAACGUUCCAGUGUAUUAUAACGAGACAAUUUCAACAAACCCGAAUCGGUGAUCGCUACUGGUUCGAGACCGGAAAUCCGGCAGUAGCAUUUACAUUAGAACAAUUGAACGAAAUACGUAAAUCAAGUAUAUCACGACUGAUGUGCGAUAAUGGAGACAAUAUCCAGAAUAUGCAAAGAUUUGGAUUCACCAGAGUCUCCGAUUCAAAUCCACUUGAGAGAUGCGAUGACUUACCGCAAAUAGAUCUUUCUUUGUGGAAGGAUUACAGUUCAGAUAUUCAAGCACUUCAACGUGUUACACCAGUGUACAAAUAGAAAUAAGUAAGUUCAUGCAAGUUGAACUUUUUUUGGUUCUACCAAUAGACUAAAGAUAUUAAAGAUAUCAAAAAAUGUAUGUUCACUUUUGCACGAACAGAAAUAGAAAUCAAAUUCAAUUCAGAUUGCAAUUCUUCGAAAGUUUAAAACAAAUAUAAUUCAAAUUUAUUAAAUUGAAUUAACAUAAUUGUCUGAAAAGAUUAAUUGUUAAAUACAAAAAUCACUCUUUUAUUGAGAUCACUAUUUUAUUGAGAUUUUAAGCAUGUUAUUAAAAUCAAUAUCAAUAGUAAUCAAGAAUCUAUUAAUAAUCUCUGUCAUACUUUCUCUCAAGUCAUUUUAUUUUUCAUUUUUAAACAUACCUUUUAAGCAUAUUUUGACCCAGUGCUUUUGAGGACUUAUAUUAACACUUGAGAAAUCAUUUUUUUUUUCAUUUUUUAUAAUGAAGCAUCUUAAAGUGCCAGUUGCAUAUUUAAAUUAGAACAAUACAGAAAUAACUGCCAGCAAUUUUAAAUUAUGUACGCAGAUAUUGUUUUUAAUCGUACUCACCAAUACGAUGCAACAAAUAUGGUAGAGUUACAUAUAUAAUGUUGAUCUGUGUAACAUACAAAUAUAUAUACAUAUUACACAUAUACAUUUAAUAUUUCAAUUAAAAAAUAAUUGUGUGCAAUUGAAUUGUUUACUUGCAUUGCAAAUCAAUAUUUAUAUAAUGAAAAUAUAUAUAUAA